UCGAGAAGCUCGACUAACGAGGGUAAUUCGCGAAAUCACAAGUCAAGAUGACGACUGAACGGGUAGAAAGUUGGCGAAAAGUUGCGAAAGCGAGGCAGCAGUUUGCCCCGGCAGCCACUCAAAAGUUACGAACGCAACGACACGAACGACUUCGAUCGCUGAAAAGUACCGAGUAAAAUGAGCUUUUCGACGCUCGCGAGCGGACUGGCCCGCGGAUGAUUUCCAAUGGCUCCUCGUUUGCCGUUUGCCGUUCGCCGUUCGCCGCGGCAACGUCGAUCGCCUGCUAUUAAUUAAUCUGAAAUAUGCAGGGGGCAAGUAGGCGCGCUCUAUAGGCUGUCAUUUCGAUAAUACGCGCGCGGCUGAAUUAUUGAGCGGCGGCGCGACGCAGUUGUCUAUUUAUGCGAAAAAAAGCCGGCCGGCAGUCGAUGGUGGCAAGCCGAUACAUCUUUGCGACAUGUACUUGGUGCCGUUCGUUUUCCUGAAUUUCAACGGAGCCUGGAGGCCCAACAGCUGGAACUCCAAGCCCCUGAAGUGACUCUACCACUUGUACGCCGGGCUCUGCUGCGCCGUGUACUAUUCGUUCAUGCUGUUCGAGCUGCUGGACAUCUUUUUGACGGCGGAGAACGUGCAGCAGAUGGUCGAGAACAUGAUUCAGCUGCUGAACGUGGUGAACGUGGCUUGGAAGAACCUGUCCUUCAUGACGAACCGGUGAAAGAUCAAGGAGUUGAUCGGGCUGUUCUUGGACGAGCUGGCGGCGCCGCAGACGGCCGAGGAGCGGGAGAUACAGCGGAAAUUCGACACGGAAUCCAGGAGGAACGCGCGAAUACUGUGCAGCGCCUACACCGUGUCCGUGUUCACCUAUGCCUAUAUGCCGUUCUUCGCGUCGGACGUGGAGGACCGCGUGCUGGUCUACCGCGAGUGGCUGCCCUACUCGCUGGACAACGUCCACCGCUACUACUUGACGUACCUGCACCAGAGCGUAGCCGUGACCAUUGCCGCGUUCGGCAACGCCGCCGCCGAGACAAUGGUCAGCGGCUUCAUGAUACAAGGCUGCACCCAGUUCGCGAUACUCGAGGAGCGCUUCCGCCAGCUGAUGCUGGCGUUGGCCGAGAUGCGGGCGAGACGCGCGGCCCUCGCCGACGUUCUGUCGGUCGAGAGGAAGCUGAUGGCCAAACUGAUCGACCAUCACCUGCGCAUUUUCAACAUAUUCGUGCUGUGCGUGUGCACGUACACGCUGGCCUUCAUGGAGGUCGUCAACAGCGACUUUGUCUCGAUCCUGCUGUACUUGUUCUGCAUGUUCAUGCAGAUAUUCCUGUACACCUGGUACGGUAACGAGGUGACUUUGCGGAGCGUCGAGCUGGGAAGCAGCAUACUGCUCUGCGACUGGAGAUCGCUGAGCCCUCGAGGAAUAAAGGACGCGCUGAUCGUGUACGAGCGCACGAAAAAGCCGAUAAUCUUGAGCAGCGGAUACGUCAUUACUCUGUCGAACGUGGCAUUCACGAGUAUCGUCAAGACCUCGUACUCCGUGUUCAACGUUCUAAGAAGGGCACGCGAACGACGUUGA